CCCCAGCCUGCCUGCGGUAACUCAGGGAUGAUGUGGGCCUUGGCACUGUGGAUAUUCCCUCUACUCUGCAGAUUUGGCCUGGCAGUUCUGCCACAUAAGCCUGAGAACAUUUCUUGCAUCUUCUACUAUAGGUGCAAUUUAACUUGCACUUGGAGUCCAGAAAAGGAAGCCAAUGACACAUGGUACACAGUUAAGAGAACUUACCUAUACGGAAGUGAAAAUGAUACUUGUAAAAGUGAAAAUCGUGCUUCGUGUUCUUUUUUCUAUCCAAACGUAACAAACCCAGAUAUUUGCACCAUUGAAGUGGAAGCUCAAAAUACAGAUGGUAUAGUUAAAUCCAGUAUGACACAAUGGAAUUUAGAUAACAUAGUGAAAACCGAACCACCUGAGAUAUACUGUGUGAAACCAGCUCUGGGUGUCAAACGAAUGGUUCAAAUAAAAUGGAGAAGGCCUAGGUUGGCACCUAUUUCAUCUGUUUUAAAAUACACGCUUCAAUUCAGGACAGUAAAUAGUGCCAAGUGGCUGGAAGUCAACUUCACCAGGGAAGAUAUCAGUAUAAUCCAAACAUAUGACCUCACAGGGCUGCAGGCUUUUACGGAAUAUGUCUUAACUCUACGAUGUGCAGCUGAGGAGUCAAGGUUCUGGAGUGAAUGGAGCCAAGAAAAAACAGGAACAACUGAGGAACAAGCUCCAUUUGGCCUGGAUCUAUGGAGAGUCCUGAGACCAGCUGAGGUGGAUGGAAGAAGGCCAGUGAAAUUGUUGUGGAAGGAGGCAAGAGGAGCACCAGUCUUGGGGAAGACACUUGGCUAUAACAUAUGGUACUUUCCAGAAAACAGCACUAACCUCACAGAGACAAUGAACACAACUAAUCAGCAACUUCAACUGUAUCUGGGAGGCGAGACCUAUUGGGUGUCUGUAAUUUCUUACAAUUCUGUUGGGAAGUCUCCAGAGGCUACCCUGAGGGUUCCUCCUAUUCAUGAAAAAUCAUUUCGGUGCAUUGAGGGCAUGCAGGCCCGCCCCACUCAGGACCAGCUGGUGGUGGAGUGGCAAAGCUCUGCUGCAGAGGUGGACACAUGGAUGGUUGAGUGGUUCCCAGACUUGGACUCAGAGCCUUCCACCUUUGCCUGGGAAUCUGUGUCUCAGGCUAGGAACUGGACAGUCCAGCAAGAUAAAUUAAAACCUUACUUGUGCUAUAACAUCUCUGUGUAUCCAAUUCUUCAAGACCGAGUGGGUGAGCCUUAUUCCAUUCAGGCUUAUGUCAAAGAAGGAGUUCCAUCAGCAGGUCCCGUGACCAAGGCAGAAAACAUUGAUGUGAAGACAGUCACAAUAACAUGGAAGGAGAUUCCUAAGAGUCAGAGAAAUGGCUUCAUCAGCAACUACACCAUAUUUUACCAAGCUGAAGGUGGUGAAGAAUUUUCCAAGACAGUCAACUCCAGCAUCCUGCGGUAUGACUUGGAGCCCCUGACACGAAACACCCCUUACACUGUUCAGAUCAUGGCCAGCACCAGUGCUGGGGGAGCCAACGGGACCAGGAUCAACUUCAAAACAUUGUCAAUUAGUGUCACUGAAAUUGUCCUUAUAACUUCUCUGGUUGGAGGAGGCCUUCUUAUUCUCAUCAUCCUCAUGGUGCCAUAUGGUCUGAAAAAACCCAACAAAUUGAAACACCUUUGUUGGCCCGAUGUCCCCAACCCUGCUGAAAGCAGUCUAGCUAUGUGGUGUGGAGAUGAUUUCAAGAAUAAGCUAAAUCUGAACACAGAAGGUAACAGGAUUCUAAAACCACAUUAUGCCCCUAGUGACCUAACUGACAAGAUGGUGGUGAACUUUGGGAAUUUUCUGGAAGAAGUUUCCACAGAAGAACCUCUGAAGUAUCAGAAAAACAUUGUUGGAGGGGAAAAGAAUGACUAUGUGACCUCCCCCUACAUGCCUUCUUGUCCCCCGGUAAAGAGCUUCCAGGAGCCCCUGGUUUCAGCCAAGAUUCUACCCAUAAAACCCCAAUCCCUGUGUGUGGGAAUGCCAAAAGGGACCUGCUCAGAAGACAAAGAGCAACUUCUCUUCUCUGGUCACCAUUUCUGUGAUGAAGGAGCACCAAAUCCAUACUUGAAAAAUUCAGUGACAAUGAGAGAAUUUCUUACGUCUGAAAAACUUCCAGACCAAACCAAGAGAGAAGUCUGA